AUGGCCGCUAGAAAACUCCAAGUAGGUGUCAUUGGCGGUGGAGACGUGGCACAGGUUGUGCAUCUCCCAAUCCUGCAGCUCCUUUCCCACCUAUAUAUCACGAGGGCAAUUUGCGAUGUGUCGGCAAAGACAAGCCAGCACUGCGCGUCCAAGUUCUCCAUCCCAAUCGCGACCACGGACCCAGAGGUUCUCUUCCAGGACAAGGAGAUUGACUUGAUCUUUGUCCUAACAUCUGAUGAAUACCAUGCGCCAUACACGAUUGCGGCCCUUCAAGCCGGGAAGUCGGUCCUGGUUGAGAAACCACUCACACUGACCAUCCAAAGCGCGCAGGCGAUUCUCGAUGCAGAGCAGGCAGCCCCUGAGGGCGCUAGGGUGUUCGUUGGCUACAUGCGCCGUUUCGCACCGAGCCUCAAGGCCUUCCUGAGGGAAAUGGCCACAAUCGGCAGCAUCAAGUAUGCUCGUGUCCGCGACAUCAUCGGUCCUAAUUCGUACUUCAUCGGACAAUCAGGUUCCUACCCGGAGAAAUAUAUGGACGACGUGUCUGAGUCUGCACGCCAAGACCGACAGUCACGUCUGUCUGCUCUGCUUGAAGAGGCCUGGGGAGACUCCCUUGGCAACCUAAGCCCUGCGCAACUUGACUAUUGCUGUCUGCUGGCCAACCUUGGGAGCCACGGCCUGGGCGUUAUGCGAGAAGUGCUCGGUGGACUACCGGAAAAGGUCCUCGCCUCGACCGACAAUGCGCGAUGGUAUACGACCAUGUUCGCAUAUAGAAACCGCAAUGCGCCCCACGAGCCUUUCACCUGUCUGUAUGAGACAGGCAUCGAUGAGGUCCCCCGAUUCGACUCAAGUGUUACCGUGUACGGGCAAAACAAGACGGUGUCAAUUUGCUACGAUACUCCUUUCGUAAAAGGUCUGGGCAUCACGGUGGAGAUUGACGAGAUGAAUGAGCAGGGAGACAAGGUCCACCGCUCUGUCCAGACGAGCUACGAGGAUGCCUACACCUCAGAGCUGUUAGAACUACAUGAUUGCAUCGCUGGUGGACGAGCGAUCAAAACUACAGCUCUCGACGCCGUGGAAGACUUGAAACUCUCCAGAAUGAUGAUGGAUGCGUACCCUGUGGAGAAAAGGGGAGGCCAGAAUCAUACAGGAAACACCAGGUUUCUUCGUUCCGGUCCAUAG